UUUGAAGUUUAAUAUAAUGUGCAUGGGGAAUUAUAGUAAGCCAAAAGCUUAUUAUAUAUUUAAUGAAAAACAUUUUCAAUAGUGAAUAUUUUUUGUGGUAGCACCGAUAUUUGGCAUGGUAACACUUUUAUAUCAAUGUCAAACAAAACAGUUUUAAAGUUUCGUGUUACGGAGUGGUUGUCGUUUGUGCUUAGUUUAAUUAAAUUUCGUUAAAAUGACGAAAUGGUGGAAUUGGUUGUUAGGAUUCGCAUUAUUUUGCCUGUUAUUUGUUGCUAUACCAAUAACAUUAUCCCGGCAAAGGUCUACGGAGGAAUUAAAACCUAUGUUUGAUGAUUACAUUUCAAAGUUUAACAAAAAUUACAGCAAUCCCGAAGAAUACCAAACAAGAUUCCAACAUUUCGUGGCAUCAGUAAGAGAAAUUGAAAAUCUUAAUGGUGGGAUUGGCAAUCUAGACCAAUCCAAAGCCCAGUAUGGUCUGACAAGGCUCUCAGACAUGUCUAAGACGGAGUUUACAGAGUUACAUCUGUCCGAUGAGAAGAUAAAUAAGCCAGCUAAAGAGUAUGGUAGGAGCUGGAGCGAUCAGUCUGGGAGGCAUGAGCAUCAUGACAGAUCUAGAAGAAGAAAGAGGGCAGUGAUACCAUUGCAAGUUGAUUGGAGAACCAAAGGUGUGAUCGGUCCAGUUAAGGACCAGGGCAUGUGUGGUGCAUGCUGGGCGUUCAGUACUGUCGGCACUAUAGAAGCUAUGGCGGCUAUCAAGACAGGAAAACUUGUGCCUCUCAGUGUUCAGGAAGUAAUAGACUGCGCCGGUCUCGGGAACAGUGGCUGCGCUGGUGGCGACAUCUGCUUACUGCUAGACUGGUUGACAUUAACCAAAACGCCGAUGGAGAAAGAGUCCGAAUACCCGCUCAGCCUGACCGACGGCUUCUGUAAAGCGAAGAAGAAUGUCACUGGAGUUGAAGUGCAGACGUUCACGUGCGACAAUUUCGUGGGUGCUGAAGAACAGAUCUUGACAGCGUUAGCGACUCACGGCCCGGUGACGGUCGCUGUGAACGCGCUGACGUGGCAGAACUAUCUCGGAGGAGUCAUACAGUACCACUGCAGCGGAUCAGCUCUAGAACUAAACCACGCAGUUGAGUUAGUCGGCUACGACUUAUCUGCUGAAGUACCGUACUACAUCGCGAAGAACUCGUGGGGAAAGGACUUUGGAAACGCAGGCUAUGUGCACCUUGCUAUAGGAAUGAAUAUAUGUGGGUUGGCGAACGAAGUUGCUACAGUUGAUGUGAAAUAAGUGCAUAGUUUUGGAGGACUGUUGUGAAGGUACUUUUUUAUAAUGUACAGCAAGUAGAAAAGAAAUAAAUUUUAUGGGGCCAAAUGACAGCUAUGUCACUUUAAAUGAUAAAAGAAUCAAUUAAAUUGGGUUAUCCAGUCGGAAGGUCUGAGCCAAUGAACAAAAAAAAUACGAUGAUUGAAAACCUCCUUCCUUCCUCGACACUCCACUUUUUGAAGUCGUUUGAAAAGAAAUAAAGCCUCUAUUAUGUGUUCGUAGUGAAGAUAACAAAUUUUUUCAUUAUUUGAUACAUGAUAUUUCAUUUUAUAAAUCUUCAAGCCGCGAAGUACAAUCUAAAGAAUGAUUCCCGAGAGAAUUAAGUUUAACUUUAAUUAAUUUGUCUUGAUAGUACCAAUUUUGGACCGACUCGAGGCUGAAAUGUAAAAAUGUAUCCAACCAAAUUGAGGACUGAGUCCUUGCUAUACCACUUUUCAAAUACCGUAUGAUAAGUACGACAUACAAAAUUCUGUAAGAUUUGUUGAUUGUCAAUAAUAAGUUGCUAUCAGUCAAUAAUAUUUUUUUAUGGGACGAGCAACAUUUUUCACCCCUUGCAUUCAAGACAUGACAAGGGGCUGUUUAAAAACGGUGUUACAUGAUCAAUUCAUUAUUAACACUAUUGAAAAGUAAUCACAGAAUCUAAAACAAAUCGCAUAUUUAGUUAUAAAACUUUUUAUCGAUUAUUUGUAAAUCGACUACGGCUACCAUAAAUGUCGAAAAUAACGUCGUAAUGAACAAACGUAUUUUGCUAGAAAAUUUCUUUAAAAACAAUGUCAAUAUUUCAAUCAACAAUUGAUAUUGUUAAUAGUUAUAAAAAGAAAAUGCUUGUUUAAAAUAGUUUCUUAUGUGUAAUAAAGUGCCUAAUAUUGUACGUAUUCAAAUUAAUUUCAGGGUAAUUUAUUAUUAUAGUAAGAUAUCGAGUGUAUUCGUCCUUUACAAUAAUAAUAUGUUUAAUUAAGUACAAUUAAUCAAUUUAAGUAGUUAUAUACGUAAUAGUUUUUUAAGUGCCAAAUGUGGGACCAGCUUAGUGCAUAAACCGGUAAAUAUAUGCAAAAUUA